CAAAUUCCAAUUGGUACUUGUGCCCUAUAUUUCUAUACACAACAUCUACGUUGAAUACAUAAUUAAGGCAUAAAUAUGUAUUGACGCUAGUAAGAAACAGAAAAUAAUGUUAUUUUGUCCAACGUGCGCGAAUAUUUUAAUGGUUGAAGAAGCUCCAGAAUCAGGGCUUCGAUACGCAUGCAACACAUGUCCUUACAUAUAUAACAUAAAGAAGAAGGUGUCUGCGAAGACCUUCCCAAAAUUAAAGGAAUUAGAUUAUAUUAUGGGCGGUGCUGCCGCAUGGGAGAAUGUAGAUUCUACUGAUGCCGUUUGCCCUAAAUGUGGUCACGGUAAAGCCUUCUUUAUGCAACUUCAAACACGAUCUGCUGAUGAACCUAUGACAACUUUCUACAGAUGUUGCGACCAUAAGUGUGCUCACAACUGGCGAGAUUAG